AUGCUCCCAAAACACAAUGUGGUCCAAAUCCAUAGAGCUGCAGUCUUCAUUUUGAUCAUCCUCUCUGUUUCCGGCUUCAUCGAGUCCUCGGUCGAGCCUCAGUUUAUAUGCAGCAGAAAAUGCGUUGCGGAAGACUGCAGCGCGCUCGGGAUGAAAUACGGAAAGUACUGUGGGCUAGGGUGGUCCGGAUGUCCGGGGGAGAAACCUUGCGACGAUCUUGAUGCUUGUUGCCAAGCGCACGAUGAAUGUGUCGAAAAAUAUGGUGUGACAAAUAUUGAAUGUCAUGAGAAGUGCAAAAAGUGUGUAAUAAAAGUGGGGAAUUCUGGGAAAGUUGGUUUUUCAGAGAGCUGCCCAUACAGUGCAGCAGUUCCUACAUUGAUACAGUGCAUGGAAGCCUCACCUAGCCGGGCUCGUGGGGCGCACCGAUUGGAGGUGUUCUUCUACCCCAAAUUCUGGUCUUCACCGUUUCUGAUACCGACAAGGUGGGGGAGCAGUCAUUUUUACCGAAUUCUUCGCUGUGGCGGUCCUCUGGCGUGCUCUUGUGGGUUGGAUUUCUGGGUUCGGACUUUUGGGGCUUCAGCUUGGGUUAUCAGCGGCUGCGGGACGUUGGGAGGCAGGUUGGUCGGAGGAUGGAAGGGAUUUCGGCACCUCGCCCACUGUCGGGAAGCAGGAGUAGUCGACUUGGGGAGCUUCUGUCGAUCCGGUUCUUUGGUGUUGGGCCAGUUGCAUAUGUUGUCUGGGGUUAUCCGCUCGGUUGAGGGUGGGUUAAUUCAGGUUAAAUCGGGCUUCCGGGUUACCUUCUAUAUAGGCGUUCGGCAGCAGUUUCAGAAGUUGACACCGAGAUUUCGUAUCUUACUUGGAUUGAUCGUUGCUCUACUGGUCUCGAUCCGUUUUAUUUGCUGGGGAAGGGUGUUUUAG